AUGCCAUCGAACACUCGUUGGACACUUAACCCAAGAAAAUGGUUUGGUGCUACAUCAAAUGCCAAUCAAAAACGCGAUAAAAAUCAGAAUUUAUUAACACGAGCACCACCAACAGCAGCAGGAACAACAAGAGCGACACCACCGAUAAAUCAAUGUCGUUCGCCAAUAAAAAGUAAAACAAGAGUAGCACCGACUCCAAUAUCAAAUGAUGCAAAUAAAAAUAGGAUAUCAACGUCAACAUCAAUUACACAACUUCAAUUGCCAGCGUUUAGUAUCCGACGUGAAAGGAUGUCAAAUUUCUUGCCAUCAACAGUACUUAGUCGUCAAAGUACAUUUAUUCCAAGUCAUACUGAACCAUCAAUACGUAAAAAUGGUCGUCUGGAAGAGCCGCUUGCUAUUGAUACAACCCGAUGGAAUUCUCAAGCAACACCAACAAGCGAUGAACCAUCAAAACAUUCAUAUUUUCGAGCAACACAAAAUAUGAUAAGCAUGUCAAAUAUGUCACGUCGUUGUUUAGUUGAUUAUCCGAGAUAUUCCGCACACAUAACCAAAGAAUCUUCAUCACCAACGCGUUCAUCGUCGUCGUCGUCGUCGUCGUUUUAUGACGAUAAUUAUAACUCAUCAUCAAGCGGAAUAUAUACUGAUGAACGUCAACGUACUGAAUCAAAAGAUACAAUAUCAACAGUAGAAGUUCUUUCAAUUGAAUCCAUAGUUGAUUCGCCCACAUCAUCGCGUCACAUUUCUACACGUCCAAUUAUACAUCAUUAUCGAAGGCCAAUGUCUGUUAUUGAAACAACUGAAGAUAAACCUCAGCAACGACAAAAUUCUUUACUUCUAUCAAAUCGUUCGCAAAGUGCUGAAGGCAUUCUUAAAGACACCCAAUUGGUAUCAACAAUCAAAAGUCGACAAUCGGCAGCAGCUAUUGUUAAAAAAAUAGAAAAACGUCUUCCAAUAAGUCGAUCGCCAACCGGUACAUUGGAACGAGCUGGAUUUGUUCGUAUCGGCAAUGAUGCAUACCGUUUAACUGUGAACGGUGUUAAUAGUAUAUCUCGACUUCGUAAAAGUUCAACUGAUUCAUUUGUACCAUAUUCAAAUUAUGAGGAUCAACUUCGUUCAGCUAAAAACGAAGAAUGCUAUGCAACAUUACCACGUACAACUUCAACUGAACAACUAGAUAAUAAUGUACACAAUGAUCUUCGAAUUAUUGUCGAUCAAUGUAUUCGUCCAAUGAUAUCUUCGAUUGGUAAAAAUCGUUUUACAAAAAAUCACAAUCAACGUUAUAAACGUUCUCAUAUUAACAAUGAUCGUACACAAUUAAAUAUUGAAAAUAUAACUGAUAAACUAUUAUCUAGUGUUGACUGUUCAACAUAUGCACGGUAUAAGAGAUGUUAUUAA